AUGCAAACGCAAGCACGAACGCGAGCGGCUCUGAGAUUCCAAGCCUUCCCCUCCUUCGCUAACCGGGCUCCCCUUCCCUUCGUAAUCUCCUUUCCCCCUACCCGACGGCGCGUUCGAGUCCGAUGUAGUGCCGCCUCCGACGGUGGUUCCAUCGGCGGGAAUCCUCAGCAGCAGGUGCAGCAGAGGAAGGCGUACCCUUUCGAUGCGAUAGAGCCACGAUGGCAGCGCUACUGGGAGGAGAACCGAACGUUUCGGACGCCUGAUGAGGUUGACACUUCGAAGCCCAAAUGCUACAUCCUCGACAUGUUCCCUUACCCUAGUGGAGCUGGAUUACAUGUUGGUCAUCCCCUUGGAUAUACUGCCACCGACAUACUUUCAAGAUAUAAACGAAUGAAGGGCUUCAAUGUUUUGCAUCCAAUGGGCUGGGAUGCGUUCGGUCUUCCUGCUGAACAAUAUGCCAUUGAGACUGGGACACAUCCGAAGGUUACAACCAAACGAAAUAUUGAACGAUUUCGGUCUCAGCUGAAGUCAUUAGGUUUUUCAUAUGAUUGGGAUCGUGAAUUCUCCACCACCGAACCUGAGUAUUAUAAAUGGACGCAAUGGAUUUUUCUUCAGCUGUUCAAGAAAGGACUCGCAUACCAGGCUGAAAUACCUGUUAAUUGGUGUCCUGCACUUGGCACUGUCUUGGCAAAUGAAGAAGUGGUCAAUGGUGUUAGUGAACGAGGGGGUCAUCCUGUUGUAAGAAAGCCAAUGCGACAAUGGAUUCUCAAGAUAACUGCUUAUGCUGAUCGUCUUCUUGAAGAUUUGGAUGAUCUUGAUUGGCCUGAGAGCAUCAAAGAAAUGCAGAGAAAUUGGAUUGGCCGUUCAGAAGGUGCUGAACUAGAAUUUGGUGUAGUUGAUUCCCAGGGAUAUGAGCAAGGCCUAAAACUGUCUGUGUAUACAACUAGACCAGACACUAUAUUUGGCGCAACAUUUAUUGUUGUGGCACCUGAGCAUCCAUUGUUGUCAUCAUUAACAACUGAGGCCCAGCAUGAGAAAGUAGAGCACUACAGGGAGCUUGCUUCAAAAAAAAGUGAUCUUGAGAGAACUGAUCUUCAAAAGGCAAAGACAGGAGUUUUUAGUGGUUCAUAUGCUAUGAAUCCAGCUACUAGGGAAACCAUUCCAAUAUGGAUAGCAGACUAUGUCUUAGGAAGCUAUGGUACUGGAGCAAUCAUGGCUGUGCCUGCACAUGAUUCUCGUGACUAUGAGUUUGCCUUAAAAUAUGAUAUUCCAAUAAUUAGGGUUGUAAGUCAUACUGAUAGAAGUGAUGAUGACAGUGAACCAUAUGUAGAUGAUGGUAUCAUGAUCAACUCAUCAAAUUCGUUAUCUGGUUUGAAUAUUAAUGGCUUGUCAUGCAAAGAUGCUGCUUCAAAAGUAAUAGCUUGGCUUGAGAGUACUGGUCAUGGAAUAAAAAAGGUCAACUACAAGCUGAGGGAUUGGCUUUUUGCUAGGCAACGCUAUUGGGGAGAACCUUUUCCUGUGGUUUAUCUGGAUGAUAGCGGUGAAGUAGUUCCUUUACAGGAAAAUGAGCUUCCGUUAGUACUUCCAGACUUGGAUGACUUUAACCCUACUGGAACAGGGGAGCCUCCAUUAGCAAAAGCAACAUCGUGGGUUAAGACAGUGGAUCCUGUAUCUGGAAGACAUGCAAGACGAGAAACAAAUACAAUGCCGCAAUGGGCUGGUUCCUGCUGGUAUUAUUUGAGAUUUAUGGACCCAAAAAAUCCAACUGCAUUGGUUGGCAAAGACAAAGAAAGGUACUGGAGCCCUGUUGACAUAUAUGUUGGUGGUGCUGAGCAUUCUGUCCUACACUUGCUUUAUGCUAGGUUUUGGCACAAGGUCCUGUAUGAUAUAGGUGUGGUUUCAACCAAGGAACCUUUUCAGUGCCUUAUAAAUCAAGGGCUAAUACUUGGUGAAAUAGAGUAUACAGCAUUCAGAGACCAAGAGGGGAGAUUAGUUUCUGCUGAUUCUGUUGGCAUCACCGAUAACCAUUUUCAAGAGAGAAUACCUGCAGAGAAGGUGAUGAAAGUUGGUGACUUUUAUGUUAUAAAAGAUAAUCCCAGUAUUAGAUUAGUUGCUCGAGCCUACAAAAUGAGUAAAAGUAGAGGAAAUGUUAUCAAUCCAGAUGAUGUUGUUUCUGAGUAUGGUGCAGAUUCUCUCAGGUUGUAUGAAAUGUUCAUGGGACCAUUAAGGGAUUCAAAGACAUGGAGUACUGGUGGAAUUGAAGGAGUACAUAGGUUUCUAGCUAGGACUUGGAGAUUGAUUGUAGGACCCCCUUUACCUGAUGGAUCAUACAACUGUGGAACAAUUGCCACUGAUGAUGAACCUACCUUGGAUCAGUUGCGGAGUCUUCACAGAUGUAUUGCAAAAGUAUCAGAAGAAAUUCAAGAAACAAGAUUCAACACAGGAAUUUCUGCAAUGAUGGAGUUCGUAAAUGCUGCUUAUAAGUGGGAUAAACACCCAAAAUCAAUUUUGGAGCCGUUUGUUCUCUUGCUUUCACCUUUUGCACCUCACAUGGCAGAGGAACUCUGGUCUCGAAUGGGACACCAAGAAUCACUUGCAUAUGAACAAUUUCCAGAGGCUGAAAGUGAGUUUUUGAAAGAUUCAAGCAUUGUGCUGCCAGUUCAAAUCAAUGGGAAGACCAGGGGCACCAUCCUGGUCGAUGAAGCAUGCUCUGAGGAUGAUGCAUUUAGAUUAGCAUCAGAAGAUGAAAAACUUUCCAAGUAUAUUUCGGAAAGGAUGAUAAAAAAGAGAAUCUAUGUUCCUGGAAGAAUCUUAAAUGUGAUACUAGAUCAUCAUAAGGUCAGUUCAUGAUCAUUUCCACAGAUACAUAUAUUGGGCUAUGUAAUACUCCUUGUCAUGGUUUUCAGCACAAUGAUUAUUCUUUAGAUAGGUUUGUCAGAUGUUGUAUGUGGUAUUCAUUGUGCUGCAUAGCAUGUACAAUAAAUUUAUUCUUCCAACUAAUUUGGUAAAACAUAUUUCAUUAUAUGCUUCAUGAUGAUUCUGUACAUCGCAUUUUUCUAAUGGAAUUAGUAAAAGAUUGUUAGGAAGAGAUAACCUCAAAUGAAAUAUUAAGUACAGAAAAUGAUUAAACAAUAUCCUUAUUUCUAUUGUUUUGUACAUUUAAGUCUUGUAACAGGACAUGACUAAAUCCUGAAUAUCAUCCUUGGUUUUUGUUUGUUCAAAAUAUAGACCAGCCUCCAAAGAGCAUUUGGUUUUUGUUUAAUGGUUAAGAAUUCUUCCAUGAGAGAGCUCUGUAAUUUUCAUACCUUAUGUUCCUGGCACCUAAUUUCUAUUUCUGUGGAAGGCCUGCAUAGUCAUAACUGCAUGCAAAAGGAAUUAAAACCCCCCUACUCUGACAUCAUAGGAAUUUACAAUUCAUGCAAAGAAAGAAAAGUUAUUUGUUUCCUCUGAUCAGCAAUCAUGUUGCAUUGUCCUCUUUGAGCUAUUCUGAUUAGGUAGAAUUUUACUAAUUGGUUGAGGUUCAAUGCUUCAAUUUGUAUGAAGUUUUUGUCUGUAAUUUCAGUAUUUUCCCUAAUUUUACAUUCGCCAAGGCCCAAACCUAUACUGGCAGGAGUUUUGUGCAUUGGUCAUUCUUGCAAAAUCUGUUACGUAGAGUACCCAUCCUUAAGUUCAUGAAACAAAUUCAUUUGUGUGGUUGCCAUUAUUUAAAUGCUAAUUACAUCUUUAGCAAAUUAUAUGGCCUUAAAAAGCUGCAAGAAUCGUCUGUGUUGUGAGGGUUGUCAUACGAACCUCUCCUUUUUUGCAACAACCCAAAACAAAUCCAGAUAUUGGUGCUCAGGAGUUCCUUCUCUAGAAAUAUAUUUGCAGUAACUAUUCAUGCUACUCUAUAGCAUAUAAGAUUGUUCUGUUGCUGACCUCUCUGCAAGCACAUUGUGUUAAAAUCUACGGAAGUCUUUCGUGGAAUGAGCCUCUGGAAUUCAAUGGGUGCUUAGACCUUAUAAAUGUUGCAUGAACGUGGGGAAGUCAUUUCCCUGUUCCUCAUCUUUUAUGUUGAAGACUUGGUACCUCCCAACUGAUGCUCUAUACUGGUUGGCACUUCAAUAUUGUAUAAGCCGUGAGGACCUGAAGCUCUCUGUUAAAUAUACAAGAUGUAACAAAGUGAUGGGCAAGCGCAUCAGUGGCAUGUCAGGACGAAGGAUAUUUUUGAGAAAUUCUCGUGUUGAGAAAAUGUAGCAUGGGCAUUGUGGUUUCGUGGUGCAAUGAUGUCGGGAUCCGGUGAUGAUGUCAGGUUCAGUCCCCUGAUAAAUAUUUUACAAUCCAGUGAGCAUAUGUUCCAUUUUGCAUGUUAUGUUUUAUGAUAGAUUGAGGUUCGAAUGGGGAAGCUAACGCGAGGAGUGAUGAAAUGACACGACGGCCCAGCUAUCUGGAUUCUCUCCUGUGAGACAAGCCUUAAAUGUUGUGCUCAAGUUGGAACAAUGGAAGCUAUGGAAAGCCCAAGGGAAACCAGUCUCAUAUAGUCUUCCUCUGUAGUCGUCACCGAGCACCAAUCUCACAAUUCAGCAAUAAGAGAAUGAUGGUCGAUCAAGCCUUUUGCUUGCGAGUUUGACAAGGCAGCAAUGGCGCACAUCAAGAAAGUUCCAGUAAGAUUGUCAAAUGGCUUCCAUCACCACGAGGCCAUUGAUGGGUUUCAACAAGAGGAGUUUGUGCAGAUGGUUGAGAAGCUCAACCGAGAGAAGGUGGUUGCAGAAGCAGGAACAAGGACUAAUUACGCCAUCUGAUGAAGGGGGGUGUACGUAGCUUCAGCCUCAUCAGCUUUCUAUUCCUGCAGAUCAUUGCUGCUAUACUUCAGAUGUUCUCCCAUACAGCUAUCUGGAGGACAUCUUCACAUCUUGCUGCAAGUAUGGCUCAUAGGAUACAAAGUUGCAGUAAGUGGGAAAUAUAAUGGAAAGCAGUCUGAUAGAUCUCUAUCCGAGAGACUGCCCUGCGUUCGAGGAUGUGAAACUCCAUUUACAGGCGCAGGUGAAACGAAAAAAAUGGAGGCCUCCUUGGAUAAAACACCUUUCUUGCUGAAAGCCUGGGGUCUUCUCCAUCAAUAUCACGGCAUACAUUGACUCAUGUAAAGCUUAGAAUUUGUACCGAGUAGAGUUGAUUGAAAGUUGCCACGCAUCAAAUCAUUAGAUGCGAUGGCAUGACAUACAUGACUUGUGUAAAGCUUAGAUUUUGGACUACGUAGAGUAGAUUGAAAGUUACUUCAUAUUACAUCGUCACACAGGAAAUAAGCUAUCGAAGUGCAUUCAAGUGUAAACCUCCAAUGGUCCGAAAAUAACUCAGUUGUGUUGGAUGUGAAGAUUGUAAUUUUUGUUUUUCAGCUCUGUUGACAAGUGAGCCCAUUUCGAUUUA